GCCUAGUCUACUAGCCCGACCCGGAAGUAAAACCCAUAGUGCACGCAUUUGAGCUGAAAUGUCUUUUAUUUGACACGUUCUAGUUCAGUUGUCGAAAUUGAUCGCCGGGAUAGAGUUUUAUUCAUGACGGAUAUAUGUUCUAAGUGUUGACAGAAUCCUGAGGUGGUGGGAACAUGGUGGGCUAUGACCCUGGCUCUCAGGGUGCAGCUCUAUCUCCAGAGGAAGCGGCUCUGGCUGGGUCAGCCGCUGGGAUGGUCACCCGAGCCCUUAUCAGCCCAUUCGAUGUCCUUAAAAUUAGAUUUCAGUUGCAGAUUGAAAAAGUUUCUUUCUUUAGGAAGGAGGGGAAGUACUGGGGAUUAUUUCAAGCCUCCCGCUGCAUUCACUCAGAGGAGGGUCUCUCUGCUUUCUGGAAGGGCCAUGUCCCUGCUCAGCUGCUCUCUAUUACCUUUGGUGCUGUCCAGUUUGCCAGUUUUGAGUUUCUGACAGAGGCGGUGCACAAAUCCACUCCAUAUGACAGCCAAACAGCAGGAGUUCAUUUCGUAUGUGGCGGUUUGGCAGCCUGCUCUGCCACAGUGGUGUGCCAACCUCUGGACACGCUGAGGACACGCUUCGCAGCUCAGGGAGAACCCAAGCUAUACAGGAACUUUGGACACGCUGUGUCUUCGAUGCUGUCCUCAGAGGGAGUCUUGGCUUUUUACCGUGGCCUGUCUCCAACACUCCUGGCUGUUUUCCCUUAUGCUGGGAUGCAGUUCUUUUUUUAUAAUGUCUUUAAAAAUCUGUUGGCAACACCACCUAAAUCUGGAAACUCUGGAGGAAACCUGAGAAGCCUGGUGUGUGGAAGUGCAGCUGGAAUGAUCAGCAAAACAAUCACUUAUCCCUUUGACCUCUUCAAGAAGAGACUGCAGGUGGGAGGAUUCGAAGCAGCUCGAGUUCACUUUGGACAGGUGCGCAGUUACAGUGGCCUGGUGGACUGUGCCGUUCAGAUAGCCAAAGAAGAGGGCGUGCGAGGCUUCUUUAAAGGCCUCUAUCCCAGCCUGGUGAAGGCUGCACUGUCAACAGGUUUCACCUUCUUUUGGUAUGAGUUUUUUCUCAACGCCAUGGAAAACAGGAAAGAGAGUGGGAACACUAAGUCUGUCAUGAAAACCACAGAGGAAAGAUAAUGAAGUAUAUGUUCAACAUAAUCACGCACAUCAGAAGAACAUACACUGCUGUUUGGAUGCACUGAAGAACUGCUGUUUAAUGUUUGAUUGACUUUAUUCACAGGGAAAAGGGAGAAAAUUAUAUUUUACUUAUUUUUACUUUGUGCCUCAUACACGCACUGUUUGUUUGAACUGAAUGGAUUUUAAUAUUUAUUUGUGGUUUUUAAGGUUUAAGGCUCACAAUGCUGGUUUUUCAUUAAACAUGUGGAAGUCGGUAUUUUGUUUUGGUUUUAUGUAAGGGAACAUACAAAUAUCAUGCUUGGUAUGCAUUUUAUCUCAAAUGCACUGUUAUAGUAUAUUUACCUGUUAUACAGAUUAUUGUGUGUUAAUGCAACUUUGAUGUCUUAUUUUUGUAAAUAAAUAUAAAACAAUUUACAAA